AUGAAGGAGGCUCCGACGGAAAAGGGUGAUCCGGCUCUUGAAAAAAGUAGAUCUGGGCGCAGAUUGUCUCCAGUUAUGAUGGAUGGUAAGGAGAAGCCAAGUAUAUCGGCAAAAAGAGAGGAUCCCUCUAUUGCUUUCAAGGAGGUUGCAAGAAAAUUUAGAGCAGAAUUAUGGCGCCAGACCAGCACUACAAGUUCCAGAGCAACCAUUGAUGUGCUGGAACAGGACUUUGCACACUUUGGUUAUCCACAUACGCUCGUCUCGGACAAUGCUUCAAGUUUUACCUCAGAAGAAUUCCAGGAAUGGUCCAAGGCAAGAGGGAUCGUUAAUUUAACAGGACCUCUGUAUCACCCAGCAACUAAUGGUGCAGCUGAGAGACUGGUACAGACUUUCAAGAAGUCGAUGCUGAAGUCAACAUUACCUUUGAAAGCAGCCCUUCAGCAGUUCUUGAUGCAGUAUCGGAGAACACCACUAGCUUGUGGUUACUCUCCCAGUGAGCUGCUCAAUGGACGCCAAAUCAGGUCACCGAUAGAUAUCCUGAUUCCUUCUCCUGCGCAUCAAGCACAAGGACGUCAGAAUAAGCAAACAGUGAAGGCUGCGCAAAAGCUAGCUGGGAGGUUUAAUCCACAAUACAAAGUGGGUACACCUUGCUAUGCUCUCUAUUGUGGACCUCGACGAGAUAAAGAUGCACGAUGGGUACCAGCAGUAAUUACUAAGGUACAAGGAGCACGGACUGUGUCUGUCAGGGUUUAUCCAAAGGGACCCAUUUGGCGCAGACAUGUAGAGCAGUUACGCCCGAGAUACUUCUCAGUAGAGGAUGCUGAGCCGGGGGAUACACCAAGCAUUGCAGUUCCAGCCGGUAUAUCAGAGAUGGCAACACACAAAGAAACGAACGUUGAAAAAGGUCAAAAAUUGAGAAUUGCAGAUCCAGGACCAUAUGUUAAACCCAAGAGACCUAACCCCCGAAUGCCAACCGGUACCGAGUACAGCCGGGAUAAGCCAAGAAGAUCAAGACGUUUAAAAAAACAAUAA